GAGUUAAGCGUGGUUAAUAAAGGCAUGUAUCAUCAGAACCACGCGACGUCAGUCGUUUGCUCCGCCCACACCACUAAACAGGAAGUCGCUGUGACAGCCUUCGAAGUUCAUGGAUCCAAGAAGGGCAUGUCGAGGGCCGGUGUGACGAGGGGUGAUGCACAGGGUUUCAGAGGUGCAGGAAGUUUCCUUGCAGGGGAAAUGUGCCGAAAGACAAGAAGUUUCGGUGACUUGUGUCAAUGAUUCGCGUUUGAAUUCAGCGUUCCGUAAAGGUGGCUCGCGUAGAUUGUUGUAGGUCUUCUGGAAUCAUGGCAGAUUGACCAUUUCGAAAUGUCCGCAAAGCUACGGUUAAUAGUUCGGAGAGCCCUUGGUGGAUUCAGGUGCCGGGUCCUGGACGCAAGACAAAGACAUGUUGUUUGUCGGCCUCAACUUCGUCCCCUGAGCUGCUCCUACAACCUGGAGAGACCCCAUAGAUCAGGUCCGAGCAGCCUUUCCCUCAGGAGCCAUACAUGCGGGGAACUGAGGAGCGAGCAUGUCGGAGAGAAGGUCUCACUCUGUGGUUGGGUCCAGUAUCUGAGACAAGAUCUUUUUGUCAUUCUUCGUGAUUUCAGCGGCCUCACACAAGUCCUUAUUCCACAAGAUGAAGCUGCAAAUCCACUGAGAGAAACCCUAUGUAAACUAACAGUGGAGUCUGUCGUCAAGGUCACAGGAACAGUCACCCAGCGGCCUGCAGGACAGGAGAAUAAGGCAAUGCCAACUGGAGAAAUAGAGGUUGUUGCUGAGAGUGUGGAAGUGUUCAAUCUGUGUCGGAAGUUGCCUUUUGAGAUAAAGGAUGCUGUGAAAAAAUCUGAGUCCUUGCGCAUGCAGUUUCGCUACCUGGACUUGAGAUCCUCAUGGUUGCAGAACAACCUCCGACUGAGAUCUGAGAUGGUGAUGAAGAUGAGGGAUUACCUCUGUAACCAACACGGAUUUGUGGAUGUGGAAACGCCGACUUUGUUCAAGAGGACUCCGGGGGGAGCCAAAGAAUUCUUGGUUCCGUCACGAGAGCCGGGCCGCUUCUACUCACUCCCACAGAGUCCCCAACAGUUUAAACAACUCCUCAUGGUAGCAGGGAUCGACAGGUACUUCCAGAUUGCCCGUUGCUAUAGAGAUGAAGGUUCUAAGCCAGACCGGCAACCAGAGUUCACACAGGUCGAUCUAGAAAUGUCUUUUGUGGAGCAGGCUGGCAUCAUGACCUUGGUGGAGGGGCUGUUAAAGCACUCCUGGCCUGCAGAGACAGGCACCUUGACGGUUCCUUUCCAAAUAAUGACUUAUGAAGAAGCCAUGAGAGACUAUGGUGUGGACAAACCGGACACCAGGUUCAACAUGAAGCUCGUUGACCUCCGAGAGGUUUUCCUGAACACAAACAUGGACAUUUUUAAAUCGACUAUCAGCCAGCAAGGAGGCUCCAUUCUGGCUAUCUGUGUCCCUGACGGUGGGAGACUGUUCUCUGGUAAAAAUGUGGAAGAACUUAGAAGUACAGCCAAGAAUCAGUUCAAGCAGGAGCUCAGCACUGUUGUGCUGAAAGCCGACGGCACACUGAAGUCAGCGCUGAAGAACCGGAUGUCUGAGUCAGAAAGAGAGAGUCUUCUUCAAACAACUGGAGCCAAACCAGGAGACCUGCUCCUGUUAGCUGCUGGCCUUCCUCAAACUGUGCGCCCCCUCCUGGGUCACCUCCGCCUGCAGUGUGCAGCCCUUCUGGAGUCUCAUGGCGUCUCCCUGCGUGACCCUACAGCUUUCCAUUUCUUAUGGGUGGUGGACUUCCCUCUGUUCCUGCCAAAGGAAGACCAGCCAGAGCAGCUUGAAGCAGCCCAUCAUCCCUUCACUGCUCCUGUGCCGGUCGACAGACACCUGCUUUACACCGACCCUCAAAAGGUCCGAGGGCAACACUAUGACCUUGUGUUGAAUGGCUGUGAGAUUGGUGGAGGCUCGAUCCGAAUCCACAAGGCUUCAGAGCAGCUACAUGUCUUGAAGAAUGUCCUCAAGGAAGAUGCCAGUAUUCUGUCUCACCUUCUGGAAGCUCUGGACUCUGGAGCACCACCACAUGGAGGCAUUGCGCUCGGUUUGGACCGGCUUGUCUCAAUCGUCGUCAACGCUCCAAGCAUACGUGACGUCAUUGCUUUUCCAAAGUCCUUCCGUGGCUUUGACCUCAUGAGCAAGGCCCCCAGUUAUGUCUCAGCGGAGGAGCUAAAGCCUUACCACAUCUCAGUGAAGUGGCCGUCAGACCAAAGUGGAGGAUCGGAGGCCGAGAAAUAACAAGACUCAAUGAGCAGACGUGACGUCCAUCAAAGAUGUAGUGUUGUUGAUGAACUGAGCAACAUUAAUAAAAAUGAGUGAUUUGUAAAGAGU